AUGGAUAAAAACUUCAUUACUAUUUCUAUCAGGGCAGUUCUGUGUGGGGUCGGGGUAGAUUUAGCGUUCCAUAAACACAACUCGGGCUACUACCUUAUAGGCGAAUCAAUUACCGUUCUUGUGCUGGAAGUAACAUGGGUGGUAACGCUGUUCUUACAGCUCUGCGUGAGGACCGAGAGCCGCUUUUUCCGCUGCUGGUCGAUCUUCACGUGGCUCGAAGGGUGGAAGAAGAGCCUCCUGUACGCCCCCAUGGGAGCCGUGCCCCUCAUUUGUCCUCACAAGCUCUGGCUUUCAUACGUGGCGGCGGGGCAGCUCGUCGCGCUGGCCUUCUUCCAUAUUGUAUUAUCCUUCAAAGGACGCAGACGGAGGAAACGAAAAGAUAGACUGAUUCACGGCGAUAUUGACAGUUUCGAAAGCAGUAAAUUCGAAGAAGUUACCGAAGUUCUGGACGACGGACUCCCCGAGCCUAUUCCCGGCAGCAGUCACUCCCUUUCGGAUAGUUUAGCCGAACAGGACACCAUUCUUGAAAUAUGACCUGAACUGCACCAGCCUCCGGACUUGUUUAAACAUAUUGUAGAUUCCGGACAUUGGAGCGAAGUCGAAAGCGACGAUAUCAUUUCGUAAAACAACAAAGACUUUGUUUUCUGAUCAAAUACGGAGCUGCCGAUGCUUAGUUGCUCUUGCAACAAAUUUCACUCUACACGUUCGUUUUACGUACACUUUUUAUACUACGUAUAAAGGAUUUGCUUACAAGAUGUGUCUUCUGUCUUGCUUAAAUAUUUAAAGCCACGUAAUCGCUUCAAGACAGAACGUGCAUCGACCACAAUAUUUAACUAAGUGUAAAUAAGAGGAUGGUUCAUGCUAGAGAUAGAAAAAUGUACAUACACCUCUCAAAUGAGAUAUUAUAUGAAAGUGUACA